CUGAAUACUUUCUCAUACCCGAGAUGGACUAAUUUGUCAUUCCCGGUUAGCUGCCUGCUUUGCUGCUGAAAAGAGGCUUCGGCACUUAUUUCAGUUUCCGAAGCCAAAAAUUCGUUGUAACACUCCUUCAAAACCAUGAGCAACUCAGAAGAAACCUCUGAGCUACCCACGUCUGAGCUCGGAACCAAGGAAUAUUGGGAUUCAGCGUACCAAACCGAACUGGCAAAUUUUAAGGACCAUGGAGAUGUCGGAGAAAUUUGGUUCGGCGAAGAUAGCGCAAUGCGAGUUGUGAGGUGGAUGUGCAACAGUGAAGACAUCCAGAGCAGCGACAGCAUCGUUGACUUGGGAUGUGGCAAUGGAAUGUUGCUCGUAGAACUGGCUGAUGAAGGAUUUACCAAUCUUACUGGAGUCGAUUACUCGGCAGCGGCUGUGAAAUUGGCUGAGGAAGUUUCAUCAGCCCGCCAAUUGAACAUCAAAUUUGAGACAUGUGAUAUUCUGGCUGAUUCGGCAUGUCCAUUUAAUGGUAGAAGAUUUAAAAUUGUCCUUGAUAAAGGAACUUAUGAUGCCAUAAGUCUUAAUCCAGAAAAUGCCCAAGAGAAACGAAGUCUUUACAUUGAAUCUGUAAACAAUCUAUUGGAUGUGGAGGGACUGUUCAUCUUAACAUCUUGCAACUGGACUCAGGCUGAACUUGAGGCUCAUUUUAACAAGUAUUUCUCAGUGGUUUGCGUUCUUCCAACUCCACAAUUUCAAUUCGGAGGCAAGACUGGUAGCAAAGUUGCAUCGGUCGUAUUUCAAAGGAAAAGCUCACAAUGAAGAGGCUUUGGGUUGUCAGUAAAUGUACCUUCAAACAUUUUUGUUUUUAACACCAUUUCUUUAAUUAUCUUUUUUAAUAAAGAAGUGAUACAUCAUUUUAUUAUAAAA